CGAAGGGUGAAGACUGUGUCGGAGUAGUUCCAGAAGUUCGAGAGACACAAGUUUAAGAAGUAUACAAAAAUAGGAAUACGUCAUCUUAAAAUAAAUAAUAGUACUGAAUUUCCAUAGCUUCUGUUCUAAAAAACAAACUUACAAGUAUCAUUGAAAAAAGCCGCCGUUAUUUGGCGGGAAGAAAGCAUCGUGGAGAAAACAAUAAAUCUGUUACCGGCAGUACCAUCGUCAGCGCCGAUUUUGCCCGUGACGUUGAGCGAACGCGGCCACGGGACUCCACCGGGGAGCCGUCGGGUGCAGAUGUCCCCAUCACGAAUGGACAAACCGGACAACGAGCUCCGGGAGACCCUCGAGGAUAGAGACCCCAAUAAACUAAAUCAACACAUACAGAUAGUUUGGGACGACAUCAUCGGCGAGCCAGACGGCGCCCGGAGUCCGGAGUGCGCGUGGCGUCUCAGCCACAUCUGCUUCCGACACACGAGGAACGUGUGCUACACACUAUUAGCUGUAGUCGCCGCGCCGCCCUGCGCCUUCAUACUAGGAUGUGGAUUUGCCUGUUUGGCUUUUGAGCAAAUCUGGUGUACGACACCGUGUCUGCGCUGUGUGAAGAUCUAUUUCGCUACACUCCGGACCUUGGUACAAUCGUGUAUGGCGGCGACGGUUGCGCCCGUGAUGGAAGCAAUCGGUCACAUAUGUCGACACAUUCGCGUCAAUGUCAGACGAGACGCGCCCGAAGAGCGGGAUUUAUUGAUAGUGUAACGUUCAUAAUUUAAUAACUUAUUAAUACAUAAAUUGUCAUUAAAUAAGUUGAAAAUAUUAAA